GGCAGGGCGCUCCGGGCAGCGCAGCCCCGGCACUCCUCCUGCUUUACGUGUCCGGGAGCGAGUCCCGCUUGCCAGAGGCGCGAUCUGCUCGCCUUGCAUUUUUGCAGGCCUCCGGGACAAAUCUGUGUGUAAUCCUACAUUGCAAACGUGACCCUUUAAAUCUUUACGCAGACAUCUUUCAUCUAACCAGAUGAGUAAUCCUGGGUUAGCCAGUGGCACCAGGCACACACUUGAGGUUUAUCGGCUUAGCAGGUUUAAAGCCUGCAGAUGUAGCAUAUCCAGCUUCUGUUUCAUGUUUGCAUCUAGGCAAGCAUCAGGUAUCCCUGGGCUGGCUCCAACUGAUGAAAAGGAUGGCAACCUGCCAGAUAUCAUUGUCAGCAGCAGUUUACAUGAGUUUCUUGUGAACCUUCAUGAGAAAUAUGGGCCACUGGUCUCCUUCUGGUUUGGAAGACGUCUUGUUGUCAGCCUCGGCUCCAUUGAUCUCCUGAAGCAACAUGUUAACCCAAACCGGUUGUUGGAUCCCUUUGAGACAAUGCUGAAAUCCCUCUUGAGAUACCAGUCCAGCCUGAAUGGGGAUACAGGAGAGAGCCACAUGAGGAGAAAACUGUAUGAGAAUGGUGUGACCAAGUCCUUGCAAAGUAACUUUGCUCUCAUCCAGAAGCUGUCAGAAGAGCUGCUGGCCAAAUGGCUGUCUCUCCCUGAGGCACAACAUGUGCCACUCUGCCAGCACAUGCUGGGCUUUGCCAUGAAGUCUGUCACGCAGACAGCUAUGGGCAGCAGCUUUGAAGAUGACCGGGAAGUCAUCCGAUUCCGCAGGCACCAUGAUGCAAUCUGGUCAGAGAUUGGAAAAGGUUUUUUGGAUGGGUCUCUUGACAAAAACAUGACUAGGAAGAAGCACUAUGAAAACGCUCUGGUGGAGAUGGAAUCCAUCAUAAGGAAGGUUACAAAGGAGCGCCGAGGCAGAUCAUUCAACAGGCAUGUCUUUAUAGACACCUUGCUGCAGGGGAGCCUGAGUGACCAGCAGAUUCUGGAAGAUACAAUGAUUUUCUCUUUGGCAGGAUGUGUAGUCACUGCUAACUUGUGUACCUGGGCAGUCUAUUUCCUGACAACCUCAGAAGAUGUUCAGCAGAAUCUCUACAAGGAGAUGGACCGUGUUCUGGGGAAGGGACCAAUUACACUUGAGAAAAUUGAGCAGCUCAGGUACUGUCGGCGAGUGCUGUGCGAGACAGUGCGGACAGCAAAGCUCACUCCCAUUGCUGCACAGCUGCAGGAGCUGGAGGGCAGAGUCGACCAACAUACUGUCCCCAAAGAGACACUUGUGCUUUAUGCUCUUGGUGUGAUGCUGCAGGAUAGUUCAUCUUGGCCAUCACCAUACAAGUUUGACCCAGACAGAUUUAAUGAGGAAUUAGCCAUGAAAAACCUCUCCUUGCUGGGUUUCUCAGGAAGCCAGGAGUGCCCAGAGUUGAGGUUUGCCUAUAUGGUGGCCACAGUUCUGCUGAGUGUCCUGGUAAGGAAAUUGUAUCUCCACCCAGUGAAAGGACAAGUCAUGGAGGCAAAAUAUGAACUGGUAACCUCACCAAAGGAGGAAGCCUGGAUAACGGUGUCUAAGAGAAGCUGAGAGCAAGCAAAACAAGGGGUUCAAAGUGCCAGCAGUGAAGUUCUGAGCAAGGGUGUUCAUGAGAAUCAUACUGGCACAUGUUUACUCAGCCAAGGAAUUUUAUAUCCCAAUUUUUUUACCUUCCAUAUUCUUAACCUCAUGCCUGUCUUUGGUACUUUCUCUAAUUCAACCAGUAGUCAUAUUAAAGUAGAUUUAAUCUAUAUGUAUUUUUUAUAUUUGCUUUUGGAACUCUGGCUAAACCUUUGUGAAGGAAGCAAGAGACCUUGCAGUGGUGUAUAUAUGAAAUACAGGGUGUCAGCUAGUCAAAGACCAGAGCUCUGGUUAACCCAGUCUCUUUCCAAUAGCAGCCAGAGCUGGGUAGGAGUGCCCCUCCUAUCCAGUGGAAUGCUUCUUCCUGAAUCCUAGCUAAAUAAGACCUUGGAGACACAAGGACAAAGCCUUUCCUAUAUAUAGGUAUUUUUAUUCAAAGUGUCUUUCCCUCCCUUGAGCUAUAUCUGUCGGGAAGAGCAGAUAUAUCCUGUGAGAAGUAUGUGUGAGUGUGAGAAAGAGAGAAAUAAAGUGGGGUGGGAAUUGCACCACUAGUUCUCAUGCUGUGUAAUCUUGCCAUGCUCUGAGGUUGCACAAAAAAGGAUGACUGAGAAAUGCUAGUAAAACAAGAGGAAUAAAAUUGGUUUGGCCCCUGAGAAAACAGAAGCAUCAGUAAUAAUAUAACGAAAUGAAACAAAACCACAGAACAAAGCCCCAAGAAAGGGAGUCUCUAUCCUGACAAUUCUGAGGGCAAUGUCUAAUCUAAUCAACAUCAGAAAUUGACAGAUGCUUGCAAUUUAUUCAGCACUGGGUUAGCAUGAGACUGGUCAUGCAAAUACUGGAGAGUGCUGAUUUAAUAAAGCUCUAGAUUAAUGUUGCACUUAAUAACUUAAAAGCCUUUCAAAAAAUCAUUUUCCUCCUCCAAAGUGUGUUUGCCAAAGAAGCACUGAAUGCUGCAUGUUCACAUGCUUUUUCUUGCUUCUUCCUUUCUUUUUUGCCAAUCAUAGGACAGCUCCAUUCAAAGCCCCAUUGAAUGGUUUGCAAGGCAGGAACCUCCUACCCCAUUAUCACAUUGGAGUAAUUGCCAUCUGACUUACUGUUCACGUUGUGGUUCUUCCCUUUUUUCUCUUACAUUUUUCUCCUUAUCUUUAUAAAUCUUUUCUCCAUACACCUGACUUCUCUGUUAGCUCCAGUUCCUAUCCCCUUGCCACCCAGCAGCUGUGAGGUGGUAGGUGAGGGGUUUCUCAGCCUGCAGCUGUGUCUGCUUAAGCUGUACACAGCUGCCUGUGCACCACAGAGCAGGCCAAGAGUGUGUGCCUCCCAUUAGAGCUACAUGUUACUGCUUGUGCAGACAGAGUACAUCUAACUGCUAACUGCAGUUCUUAUUUCUACAGAUGUUGAUAUUUUCACAAGUACAUUACAGGUCAGGAAAUCUGCUGCUCUUUUAAAAUGUUUUUGCUCUUGCCUGAGGUGUGCCAGCCUGAAUGCAAUCCCAUCAGCUCUUACAGGGUUAAAGGCUGAUGCCAUCCUCUGUGGGCACCAGACAAAGAAAAUUCUGCUCUUG